CUAACCAAACAAAAGAGAAGCGAACAACAUCUGACAUGGCGUCCACAGCUCUAGCCGUUCUCACGUUUGUUGCAGUAUUCAUCCGCACGUUCCCGCCGAUAACUUGCGCAAUCGACAAUCAUGGUUUCCGCGGCUCCCUCACUCGCGUGCACACACACUCCAGCAACUACUCCGCCGCGGUGCACCGCGACACGCGCCGCCUCGCUUUCCUCGCGCCGGCUCCAACGACGAGCCCCGCCAUUGCCCUCGCCCUCCAGGUGCUGGCCGAGAACGGCGUCGGAGCGUACCACGUGAGCAUCUCCAUCGGCACGCCGCCGCUCACCUUCCCGGCGAUCCUCGACACCGGCAGCGACCUGGUCUGGACGCAGUGCGCGCCGUGCACCGAGUGCUUCGAGCAGCCCACGCCGCUGUACGACCCGGCGCGCUCCUCGACCUUCUCCACCCUCCCGUGCGCGAGCCCGCUCUGCCGGUCCCUGCCGAGCCCCUUCCGCCGCGCGUGCAAUGCCAGCGGCGGCUGCGCCUACGACUACCGCUACGUCGCCGGCUUCACCGCCGGGCGCCUCGCCGCCGAGACGCUCGCCGUCGGCGGCGCCUCGUUCCGCGACGUCGCCUUCGGGUGCAGCACGGCCAACGGCGGAUACAUGGACGGCGCGUCCGGCAUCCUGGGGCUCGGGCGCGGCCCGCUCUCCCUCGUGUCACAGCUCGGCGUCGGCCGGUUCUCCUACUGCCUCCGCUCCGACGAAGGCGCCAGCCCGAUACUGUUCGGCUCCCUGGCGAACGUGACGACAGGCGAGGGCUUGCAGUUCACGCCGCUCGUCCAGAACCCCGCGGUGCCGGUGACGGGCGCCCCGUACUACUACGUCAACCUCACCGGCGUCAGGGUCGGCGCGGCGGACCUCCCGGUCACGCCCGCCACGUUCGGUUUCACGAGCACCGGUGCGGGCGGGGUGAUCGUCGACUCCGGCACGACGUUCUCGUACCUUGCCAAAGCGGGAUACGCGAUGCUGGAGCGGGCGUUCCUGUCGCAGACGGCCGGCCUGCUGACGAGAGUGAGCGGCGCGCCGUUCGACUUCAACCUGUGUUUCGAGGCUGACGGCGGCGCCAACGUCGACGCCGUGAUCGUGCCUAGUCUGGUGCUGAGCUUCGCGGGCGGCGCCGAGUACUCCGUGCCGCGGCGGAGCUACUUCGACGCCGUGGACGAGGAAGGCCGCGUGGCGUGCUUGCUGGUGCUCCCGACGGGGGGCGUGUCCGUCAUAGGCAACGUCAUGCAGAUGGACCUGCACUUGCUCUAUGAUCUCGACGGCGGAACCAUGUCCUUCGCGCCGGCCGUUUGUGCUACUGUCUGACGGAGUUACGGAUUUGAUCCUGUACAGUUUUAUUUCUUUCAGAAAUCCCUGUCUGUACAAUUAACCCAGAGUACA